AUGUACGGAUUCGAGGCGCUUACAUUCAACAUCCAUGGCGGAUACUUGGAGGCGAUCGUCAGGGGUCACCGUGCCGGGCUUCUAACCACCGCCGAUUACAACAAUCUGUGCCAGUGCGAAAACCUUGACGACAUCAAGAUGCAUCUCUCUGCUACAAAAUACGGCUCUUACCUCCAAAACGAACCGUCACCUCUGCAUACAACCACAAUUGUGGAGAAGUGUACGCUCAAGCUUGUUGAUGACUAUAAGCAUAUGCUUUGCCAAGCAACUGAGCCAAUGUCAACCUUUUUGGAGUACAUCAGAUAUGGCCACAUGAUUGAUAAUGUCGUGCUGAUUGUCACUGGAACCCUGCACGAGAGAGAUGUUCAAGAGUUGCUGGAGAAAUGUCACCCUUUAGGCAUGUUUGACAGUAUUGCUACACUGGCAGUUGCUCAGAACAUGAGGGAACUUUAUAGGUUGGUGCUUGUGGACACUCCUCUUGCUCCAUACUUUUCUGAAUGUUUAACCUCGGAGGAUCUGGAUGACAUGAACAUAGAGAUUAUGAGGAAUACCCUCUACAAAGCAUACCUUGAGGAUUUUUACAAGUUCUGUCAGAAACUUGGUGGUGCAACAGCAGAGAUAAUGUCUGACCUUUUGGCCUUUGAAGCCGACAGAAGAGCAGUGAAUAUCACCAUCAACAGCAUUGGCACUGAGCUCACAAGAGAAGACAGGAAGAAACUGUACUCAAACUUUGGCCUCCUCUAUCCAUAUGGUCAUGAAGAGCUUGCCAUCUGCGAGGAUAUAGAUCAGGUUCGUGGUGUUAUGGAGAAAUACCCUCCGUAUCAAGCAAUAUUCUCCAAGAUGUCUUAUGGAGAGAGCCAGAUGCUCGACAAGGCAUUUUAUGAAGAAGAAGUCAGAAGACUUUGCUUAGCCUUUGAGCAGCAGUUCCAUUACGCUGUGUUCUUUGCGUAUAUGAGGUUGAGGGAGCAGGAGAUCAGGAACCUGAUGUGGAUAUCCGAAUGUGUUGCACAGAACCAGAAGUCCAGGAUCCACGACAGUGUUGUCUACAUGUUCUGA